UUGCAAGGACUUCUGGGAUCCGGUGACCUUUAUGCCCCGUGGAAGCCGAGAAAGAGAAAAGGUCGAUGAUCUAUUGAAGGACGAUGACGAGAAGGAAGACCUCAGCAAGUUUGGGCUCUCGCCUACAAUGUCCGCUGCAAGCGGCUUCUUUAUGUUCGUUGCUCCCGAGGCCAAGGAUGACGACAUCGAAACUGGCCAUGAAAAAGAAGCACCUGGUGCUGCUCCAUGGAGGAUCUUCAGGAACAUGUCUUUGGCCACCACCAUCUUCUGGAUCCUUGCUGGGGUCUGGUCUUUCAUGACUGUUGCUAUCCCUGAGCUCAUUGAUGUCGGCUUGGCCUUUGAGGAUGAAAUUAGCGCAGAGUCGAAGCAUCCGCAAUUGAUCGAACGCAGCGGCGGCCUUGCACCUCUCCAUGAAUCAGGUUCUUGGGGUGAGCGUCGAUCUUCCUUGCUGGCCUUACGUACCUCAGUGAAGUCUGGCAAGUUUCAACCAAUCAACGUGACCUGGCCUUAUCCGGGCAUCAGGCCGACUGGUUUGUCCUGUGAUGUCCGUGGCCAACACUUGCUGGUUACUGAUGGCUUGUCCACCUUCUUUGCCUCUGUGAACGAGGAGGUUCCAGCUGAAAGCAAAGAUACUGGAAUGAGGCUACGCCACAAAGCCGACAGCUUGCUCAGUGCAAGUUUCCAACAGGCUGCUCCUUGUGCCGCUCUCCUGGGUGAGCGCUUGCAGGAUACUGCUUUGGCAUGCUUCGAGAAUACCACUGCCAGUUGCGAGGCGCUGGUGCUUCACCAACAAGGGCGGCGUGUGGCGUCUUGCCACGUAGAACAUGGAGGAAGCUCUAGCCUGUCUGUGGCGUCAGCAUGGAUGACUGGAUUGCAAACAGCGGAGCCUGAGAAGGCCCUUUUUGUCAUGAUGGAUCCUGGGUGCUUCAGCUCCAAAGGCUCUGAUUUGAUGGGUCCGAGCUGCACAUCUGUUGGUACAUCUAAGAGGCGCUCAGCACGUCUUCAGCGUGGGGCGAAAGGAGAUGACUUGGUGCCAGUUGACGUCAUGGAAGAGAAGGAAGCAGAUCCUCUGCGCGCACAGCCCAAAAGCAUGCGCUUGCUCACCGAGAGGUAUCUUGGUGUCUUGAACGCACAUGACAAGACUUUGGAGCUUUUGGACAUGGACAACAGUGAAGCUACAUCUGCUGAAAUGCCGUUGAAGACCGACAUGUCCUUGGAAAGCUUUUGCGUAAGUGCGGACCACAUCUUUCUUUUAGGAAGUGGCCCUCAUCCCAACUUGCUGAGACUUCCAUUGAGAACUCUGAGCGUUUGAGCCUUGAGCAGUGUCUUUCCAGGACGUCUUGGAUGAUUUGGAUGUGCCUUACAGAGAAUCCACAGGGGUGCAUGGAUUGC